AAGAAAAAGAUAACCCCUCCCCGUCCCCCGCUGCCCGUAGGCGCCGGCGGCGGUCGCCCUCCUCGCCCCUGCCGGCGCCCGGCCGUCGUUCGCUCCGACCUCCGACCGCCCCACGCGCCUGCUCCCUCUGCCCCUCCCCCCGGCCUGCCUCGCGUCCGCCCUCUGCCCCAACUCCCGCGCGGGGCCGAUCCCGCCGCCCGCAGGAGCGCUUCGGCGCUGCCCGCGCCGGUGGCCGCGCCGGGGAGGCCGCGUCCAGGAGCUGGUGUUGGGAGCAGUUCCGCGCCUGGAUUCCCGCGGCCUUAGCUACUGUCAGACAGAGAAAAAGCUCCAGAUUUUGCUCAGAUGUGCCGCCGCCGCCGCCAUUCCUCAGCCGGGCCGGCGCUCCCGCUGGAGGAGGAGGACCUCCGAAGCCUUCCGCCUUCCCCCGCGCAUCCCUCGUCUGCAAGCGCUGGCGCGGCAUUCCUUGGCCGCUACCGCAGGCACCACCGGAGGCGCCCGCUCCUCGGCUUCAUGACAAGGUGGGAGUAUGGCAUGAGGCACGAAUUCGUCCCUCUCCCGCACAAGAAGCCCGACCGCAUCCCCCCGGUGCGCUUCGCCGUGCCCAGGAGCUGCACCAUUCAUGGGCGCUGGCAAUUCCUCGGCUACCGCCACGGCCUUGCCGGCAUGCUCAAUGUGUGUGGGCGUGAGGUCGUCGUCUGGGAUCCCCUCACGGGCUGGCAGCACCGCGUGCCUUUUCCACCGGGGAUCCGCAACUCCGAGGGGGAGGGUUUGUGGAUAUGGCACACGCCGCGGUGCUGUGUGCUGAUGCUGAUGUCAAAUGUGGUUGUUCUGGCUACGUUUUUUGGCGACUUCGUGCUCCUACUUGAGUCAAUGCGGUUCAGAAGAAUUUCUGAAAGAAAUGGCUGGGAUAAUGCCAUCCAUUAUGCCUACAGAAUUUUCUAUACUGCAGGCAGGGGAGUUGGUUGGACGUGGUUGGAUCUGAAACUCUGAGCACGUGAGAUCCGCUAAUGUGCUAUGUUGGUUGACCAGGGACGCCAUGUGAGGAACAGGGGAUAUUGGGAAGGUCUUUAGAUCAGAGAACUUUCCUCGCACAGCCUAUCUUAGAAAUCAAUGGGGUGGAUUGAGCUGCUGAAGCCGGUGGCGGCCAUGAUCGCCUUCGACACGCUCUUUGCGGUGAUGACAGUGCUGGUGAAGAAAGCGCUCGAUGACGGCCUGAACCCUGUCGUUCUUAUCGCCCUUCGGCAGCUUGUCGGCGCAGCUUUCCUGGCGCCGAUUGCCUACUUCAAAGAAAGGAAUGCAAGACCAAGAUUCACAAAGGAGAUCUUUGCCUACUUGUUCAUGAGUGCUCUACUUGGGGCACUAUUCGCUCAGUAUCUGUUCUUCUUGGGCUUGAGCUACACCACUGCAACACUGGCUGCAACUGUCUCCAAUAUGACCCCAAUCUUCACCUUCCUGAUCGCCGUCCCUCUUCGGUCGGAAACAGUAGAUGUGAGGAGCAAGGCGGGUCUGGCGAAGAUCGCAGGAACACUAGCGUCUGUCAGUGGUGCGAUACUGCUGAGCCUGUACAAGGGUGCUGCCCUGACUCACACAGCAUCUUCGACCCAAGAACACGGUGAAAAUAGCACAACGGGCAACAGUGGCAGCAAGGGAAGAUGGUUGCUGGGCUCGGCGUUGCUGCUGCUGAACUGCAUCACGUUCUCAUUAUGGAUGCUGCUGCAAGGGAAGCUCACCAAGAAGUACCCUGCAGUCAUCUCCAGCACUGCAUUCAUGGCCUUGAUCAGCUCACUGCAAGCAGGGGCACUGGCAGUCACCACCCAAAGGCACCUCUCAGUUUGGCUGCUCCGAGGAAGUAUACAGAUUGCAACCGUUCUUUUCGCGGGAGUGGGAGUAUCGGGGAUAGGAUAUGUGCUGAUGACCUGGUGCAUCGAGAAGAGAGGGCCGGUGUUCACUGCAGGCUUCUUGCCUCUCAUUCAGAUCAUUGCUGGAGUCCUUGAUCUCCUCGUCCUUCAUGAACAGCUUUACGUGGGAAGUGUGGUAGGUGCUGCUCUUGUCAUUGGAGGCCUCUAUCUUCUGCUCUGGGGGAAGAGCAAGGAAGCAUUGUCAGCUGCCAUUUUAUCAGAGAAAGGACUGGAAGAAGAUAAGGAGACACAGGAAAAUUUGUGAAGUAUUGAAAGGGCAUUCCUAGUAGUUAGUGGGGAUGUCAAGAAUGACCAUAAAUGUUCCAUCUAUCUGCCCUGGCCCAUGCUCUAUGUACGUUGCUACAACUUUGAAUAAGUCAGUGUCAUAUUUGUGCUCA